UUCGAAUAGGUUAGAAUAAUACAUAUAUACAUAUAUAAUUCAUUGUCCGUAUUCAUAUCAUCGGAAUUAAAAAAUGUUAUUUCAAUUGAGAAAAUGCACACGAAUGCGACAAUUUGUAAUGUUUCAUAUGCAUAAUAAAUUUCAAGUGAAAAUAAAAACGAUAUAUUAUUGGACAGAAUCGAAAUGUACAAAUUUGAUAAAUCCAAGUUUUAGCAUAUAUAGAUCAAUGUGUACUCGUCAAGAUCAAAACGAAGAUAUUAAAUUGCCACCCUUAAUGUGGAAACGGAAAGAAGACCUAGGUUUCUCUAUUUUUCAGAUGUUUCGAUCAUAUUAUCUUAUACGUUCAACUAUUGAUAAAGACUUUCGUUAUAUUAAAUUUGUAGAAGGAGUUCGUCAGGCAAUAGAAGUAAUAUCUAAUGCUUUAGCUACUCAACAUUAUGAUGCAUUAGAUGGUAUAGUAACUGAAAACGCUAUAAAAGUAUUAAAACGUAACGUUGAGGGUCUUACACAAAAGCAACGUGAUUUAAUAAGUAUAAAUACUACCAAUAUUUUAGUAAUACCAGAACUUAUAAAAAUAAAAAAGACUGAAGACAACAAUGAAACAAUGGUUGAAAUAGGAAUAAGUGGAUUUUAUUUCAAAUCAUUUGAAGUUUCAGACUAUUACUUUCUAUGUUUUAAUUAUAUAUUUCAAAGAAUAUAUACAAAUAAUGAAGGAGGAGCAUGGAUGGCAAGACUAGUCAAUCAUACAACAGAUUUAAUUCUAUAGGUUUCAAUUAUAUAAUUGAAUAAAAUUUUUAUUUUAAA